AUGUCGCGGAAGACUGCAGUCCUUGUAGUGAGCCUCUCCCUCCUAUUCUCGUGCGUUACAGGUGCACCCCCUACCGUGAAGCUCGACGAUGCGACCGUCAUCGGUUUCAACGCCGGUCUCAAUGACCGUUUUCUAGGCAUCCCAUUUGCCAAACCUCCAGUCGGCGCUCUACGGUUGCAGCUUCCCCAGGCGAUUUUGCACUUCAGCGGAGUGAUCAACGCAACCAGCUUCGGCAACCAGUGCAUCCAACAAACCAUUAUCACGCCCAAUGUGCCCUCCAACUUCCCUCCCGAGGUCGAAGCGUUCAUAGCGCCCGCGGCGGCACCUCCGGACGCUCCUCAGAGCGAAGAUUGCGCGCUCAACAUCAACGUUAUCGUCCCUGCAGGUGCAAAACCUAGAGACAACUUCCCUGUGGCUGUAGUGAGAGGGUAUCAAGUUGGCUCCAACGCUGUACAACCUGGUGAAACCAUCGUGAAUCGAUCCAUCGAGCUCGGCCAACCCAUCAUCUUCGUUUCGAUGAACUACAGCGUACCACCAGCUUUCGGGUUCCUCGGCGGGAGCGAUAUUCAACAGGCUGGGUUGGGUAAUCUCGGUCUGCAAGACCAACGAGAAGCGUUGCGCUGGGUUCAGAAGCACAUUGCGGCCUUCGGGGGCGACCCAUCCAAAGUCACGAUCUUUGGCGAAAGUGCCGGAAGCCAAGCUGUUCUGUUCCAGAUGGUCACCAACGGCGGCGAUACCGAAGGUCUCUUCCGCGCGGGAUGGAUGGAAUCCGGCUCCGCCCUCCCGACAGACGAUUUUGAAAAUCUGCAGCCCACUUUUGACUUCAUCGUCAGCGAAACGGGAUGCGCAGAGCGAAAGAUAGCGAUCUCUGCUGCGAUGGAUAAGACGCCGACGUUCCUGUCGUUCCAGUUGCUCACAGGCAUUGAACACACCGUGGAUGCCGCAUGCGAUGGCGUGUUCUUGGAAGAUGGCCCCCAAAAGCUUGUCCUGGAUGGGAGCAUCGCAAACAUUCCUUUCGUCGUGGGGACACUGUUUUCCCUCGCACCUCUCAACAUUACAGGCUCAACUCGCAGCAUUCUCAAGUCAAAUUACUUCCCGACCGCCUCCGACGCCGACAUCCAGCGCCUUCUCGAGCUCUACCCCGCCGAUCCCGCCGCAGGCUCUCCGUUUGGCACAGGCGACGCGAACGCGUUCACGCCGGAGUACAAGCGCCUUGCUGCAUUCCAGGGCGACUUCAUCUUCCGUGCGCCUGCGCGCUUCCUACUCAACCAGCGCGCCAGCAAGCAGGUCGCCGCUCCUUCGCGUGACAAGAUCCCCGGGCUCGGCGCGACACACUCGACGGAGCUCGGCAACAUCUUUGGGGGCGGAGACUUGGCCGACUUCUUCGUCCGCUUCGUCAACACGCUCGACCCGAAGGCGACGGACACGUUCCGGAGGGAGGCGAUGGCGUUUGUAACGCAGCUUGGCCUCGCACACCCGCUGUGA